AUGGACAGCUCCCUGCACGCCACGCUCGGCCUUGUGCUCGGCUGCUGCCUGUGGGGUGCAUGGGGCCAGAUCAAGAUUGACGUUAGCAAUGGAGGGAUGUGGGGCACGUGGGGCGAGGAACAGUCCUGCCCCGGCAACAGCUUCGCCCUUGGGUUCUCCCUGAAGGUGGAGCUGCCCCAGCUCGCCGGGGACGACACGGCGCUGAACGGGAUCCGGCUGCUAUGCUCCGACGACAGCACGAUCCAGUCCAACGUGGGGCCGUGGGGCUCGUGGGGCCCAGUGAAGAAAUGCCCCUCGGGGCAGCGGCUGACCCAGUUCCGGCUGCGGGUGGAGCCCUACCGGGGCCUCAAGGACGACACGGCCGCCAACAACAUCGAGUUCGUCUGCACGGGCGGGGCGGAGCUGAGGGGGGACGGGCGGUGCUGGGGCAAGUGGGGCCCCCAGAGCCGCUCCUGUGGCCCGCGGGGCAUCUGCACCAUCGCCACCAAGGUGGAGGCCCCCCAGGGCAAAGGGGACGACACGGCCCUGAACGACGUCUACUUCAGAUGCUGCAGGCCUGAAACCCUGACCCCCACCACAACCCUGCCCCCUACCACCACAACCCAGUCCACCACCUCCACUACUGACUAA